UGUCCGCCCUCCAGCUCCUCCCGCCACCGCCGCGAUGCUGCUGCUGUGGCGGUCGCGCUGCUUGGGCCGGGCGCUGGGCCGCUCGGUGCGCACCCUCCGGCAGGGCAACUGUACUCUGGCAAGGCGCUCCCUGUCUGGUGUGGCUGGCAGCCAGGGACUGGCCUACAUUGACAGCAGGAAGCUCAUAGUAAAUAGCUCCAGUGUCUUCACUGUCCGUUACUUCAGAACCACAGCAGUACAUAGGGAUGACGUGGUUACGGUGAACACCCCAGCUUUUGCAGAGUCAGUCACAGAAGGAGAUGUCAGGUGGGAGAAAGCUGUUGGAGACACAGUGGCGGAAGAUGAAGUGGUGUGUGAGAUUGAAACAGACAAGACAUCAUUGCAAGUUCCAGCCCCAGCAGCUGGUGUGAUUGAAGCCCUUUUGGUACCUGAUGGUGGCAAAGUGGAAGGGGGGACACCUCUGUUCAAACUCAGGAAAACUGGAGCUGCUCCUGCCAAGGCCAAACCAGCAGCAGCCCCUCCUCCUCCUCCUGCAACACCUGAACCUGUAGCUGCAGCUCCUCCUCCUCCUGCUGCAGCACCAAUUCCAACCACAAUGCCACCAGUGCCACCUGUGUCAGCUCAGCCCAUUGACAGCAAACCAGUGUCUGCAGUGAAGCCGGCUGCAGCUCCAGUGGCAGCCCCUCCUGGGGAGGCAGUGCCCAGCAAAGGUGCCAGAUCUGAGCAUAGGGUGAAAAUGAAUAGGAUGCGUCAGCGUAUCGCCCAGCGGCUGAAGGAGGCUCAGAACACUUGUGCCAUGCUGACCACUUUCAAUGAGAUCGAUAUGAGCAACAUCCGGGAGAUGAGAGCUGUACACAAGGAUCCUUUCAUGAAAAAGCACAACCUGAAAUUAGGUUUCAUGUCAGCUUUUGUGAAAGCUUCAGCUUUCGCUCUGCAGGACCAGCCUGUUGUGAAUGCAGUAAUUGAUGACACGACCAAAGAGAUUGUGUACAGGGACUAUGUGGACAUCAGUGUAGCUGUAGCAACUCCCCGGGGUCUUGUGGUCCCUGUCGUUAGGAAUGUAGAAAAUAUGAACUUUGCUGACAUAGAGCGAGCUAUCUAUGAGUUGGGGGAAAAGGCACGGAAGAACGAACUGGCUAUUGAAGACAUGGAUGGUGGCACUUUCACAAUCAGCAAUGGAGGGGUUUUCGGGUCACUCUUUGGGACACCUAUCAUCAACCCACCGCAGUCUGCUAUCUUAGGCAUGCAUGCCAUCUUUGACAGGCCUGUGGCUGUGGGAGGCAAGAUCGAGAUCCGGCCCAUGAUGUACGUGGCACUGACCUACGAUCACCGGCUGAUUGAUGGCAGAGAGGCAGUGACUUUCCUGCGCAAGAUCAAGGCAGCGGUGGAGGAUCCCCGCGUGCUGCUACUCGACCUGUAGAGCAGUCACACCCCCCACACAACCCACCCAGGGCAUAGACGCAGCACCAGCAGGGGCGCAACGCAGGGCAUUCAGGGACUGGCUGGGGUCAUUCCAGUCUCCCUCCCACCCCUGAGAUCAGAGAUGUCCCAGAGGGAACUGGGAGGAUAGCUCCUACCUCCUUUCCUGUUCUGUUUAACGGAUGGUUCAGCCUCUCACUAGGAUUGCCGUGCAGUGGGCCGACCGCUGAACGGCACUGCCUUUUUGGAGCCAUCUGUGUGGCAUCCUCUCCCUCACGGCACCAAACUCUCACCUCUAGCUUGUCCAAUACCACUGGAAAGUGCUUGCUGCUGCUGUGCUAGGGUAUCCUUUCCUGCCACUCCAGGGUGGGUUCAGCUUUAUUUCCUAGCACUGAGGUUCUGGGAGGGGAGGGAGAGGAAAGGCUACUGUUCUGUCCCCGUUUUGCUUGAAAAUAUAUCACACUCAUCUGCCUUGCAAGGGCAGCCUGGGUUCCCCCAGGCCAAUUGCAGCAGAGUUUUUGAUCAGAGCAGUGCUGAGGUAGGUGUUGUGCCCCUGGCAGUGCUCUAAUUACACUCCCUCCACAGACUGGAAUGCAGUGGUUGCAUCUCCCCUGCUUUUCCUUGGAGAUCGUCUGUCUCUCUCUAGCCUGGCCACUGAGACAUGAAUGUUCCUGGCCAAGUAGGCAGAGCCCAUGAUCCCUGUGGAGGCAGCACUGUUCCUGGGGAUGGGAGGCCACCCUUUCACCAUGACAUGCCCAACACUAGGCUAAGAAACAGCCCGCAGCAGCUGUCCUUGAAUCACAGCGUACUGAUGGAUGGGUCUGCGUGUGAGGGCUUGGCCUGCUA